AUGAAGAUAUUAGGCUGCGUUCUCGCAUCCGCAAGGGCUUGGAACAAGGGCUCUUGCUACGAAGAUGGAACAAAACCAGAGUCGACGAUGCUUUGCAAAAAUUCGUGUUCGUUUGAUUGGCUCGGGCGGGGAGAUAAUGUCAUGUACAAAGACAUGGGGAAGAGUGAAUUUUCUUUCACGGCGCAGAUGGUUGCAUUGAAAUGGGGCUUGCCGUAUUUGAACAAAGAGGAUGGAUAUGUUGGCAUGCUCAGAUUCGACAGAACUUACUGUAAACGGCCGAUCCUCCGUGCAAUCGGCGACGGAACCAUCACCAUCAAUGUCUGGGAUCGUACCGAUGAUAACUACUUCACCGAAGCACAGUACUACGAGCUCCCCGCCGACGGAUCCAAAACCAAGGAAGCUGCAGUUGUUCAAUUCCGACGAUCACGAUUCCUCGAAGGCGAUUUCCUAACAAAAGGAAAAGAUCGAUUCUUUUUCACUAUGAGCGGAGUUGACCCCGAUUUCGAUCCACUUGAUCCGCCAAAUUCAAAUGUAGUGCAUGAUGACUACUACCAGUGUUUUUCGAAUGUGGGAAUCGCCACAAUGGCUGACGAUGAUUUUGGUUUCGAAGAAGCGGACUACUCAAAAUGCUAUCUUUAUCAGCGAUAUCUUCAAACGCCGGAUUGGGAUGAAGCUCCUCAGCCAACAACUACAACGACAUCGACCACGACAACAACAUUCACGACGACAACGACGAAUGCCCCCGUCGCGCCCCCUACGUGGGAGGAUAAUGGAGCGCAUUUGCCUAAUCAGAUGACGUGUCACAAUCCCCUAGACCCCGCUGGCUAUGGAUCCGUCAAGGGAAGACCUGGGCCCAAGAUUUUUGGAGGAUCUGAAGCUCCUAGAGAGACCUAUCGAUGGCAAGUACCCCUCUUCGACCCAACCGGAGAAUUCAUCUGCUCAGGUGCUCUUAUCAGCAAAAACAAUGCUGAUUCUCCUGAUUGGGUCCUCACUUCUGCCCAAUGCUGUGAUAACAGGAACACGAUCAUCGCAAAAGUUGGAGAUUUCAACCUUCAAAACUACGAUGCCGGCGAAAUCACGAUAACCAGCAGCAACAUUUUCAUCCAUGACGAUUACCUCAAAUUUGGCGAGUGGACUGGAAAUGAUGCUUGCUUGAUCAAUAUUGGAAAAAUCACUACAUCGGGUCAAUCAGUCUACGAACCAGCUUGCAUCUCAAAUGAUAUGCCGGAAGAUGGUGCUAUGUGCUACGUUUCCGGCUGGGGAUCGAUAAGAGCCGCAUCUGAGAAUCUUCAAAAUCUUCAUGCUUCUCCGGUCAACUACUUUCCGAAUAACUACUGCGCCGGGCUCGGGUAUGGAAAUAUAAAUGAGAACUCAGAGUUCUGCGCUGGUGUUCCUGAUUCAAUGUUUGACGGAACAAAGGACAUCUGCAAUGGUGAUGUUGGAAGCCCUCUUGUUUGCGAUAUGGGCGGCAAACCCGUUCUCUCCGGUCUUUUAUCUUGGGGAACUUCAGGAUGUGUCGGGCCAAAUCGACCAUCAGUGUUCACAAAAGUGUCUUCGAUCGUCCCCUGGAUUCUCGAUAUCACCAACCCUGUAACUGCGUCAGAAGCGCUGAAUUGGGAUAUGCUUUUCGACAACAAGUGGAACGUCAACCCGAUCGAAUUCGUCUUCGAGGGUCAAGUUGCUUCUUCUUACGUAACAGAGGCGUCACUAACUGCACUCCUACCAAACAGCCUAAAGGUCUGUCUGCCAGACGGCGUCUAUCCUGAUGGAAACUUCCCACCAACGACGACUACCACCCAAGGGCCAACAACAACUACAACAACGACAACGACCACCACAACGCCUUACACAGGUCCACCAACGACAACAACAACGACCACCACCACAACUGGUCCACAAGACUGCAACGGCCCUCAGGGAGUUCUUCCUCCAAGUCCUGCUCAGACUUCCGUUGGCUCUACAAGCUGGCUUGACUAUCAAGGUGCUCUUGAGAAGAGCAUCCUCUUCUACGAAGCCCAAAUGGCAGGUCCCUUGCCCGCCUGGCAUCGCGUCCCUUGGCGAGGAGACGCCACUAUCACUGAUGGUUGCGAUGUCGGAGUCGAUCUUACUGGUGGAUUUUACGACGCUGGUGAUUUCGUCAAAUUUCAUUUCCCAGCUUCAAUGGCCAUGCAAACUCUCGGAUGGGGUCUUCAUCAAUACAAAGCCGGAUAUGAAGCCGCCGGUGAGUAUGAAAAUGCCCUCCGAGUGUUCAAAUGGGGAGUCGAUUAUUUUGUCCGAUGCCAUAUCGCGCCCAACGAGUUGUACGCUCAAGUCGGUGAUGGCAAUCUCGACCACGCUUUCUGGGAUCGCCCUGAAGAAAUGAACAUGGUUCGACCAGCUGUGAAGAUCACCCCUUCAAACCCUGGAUCAGACCUUGCCGCUGGAGUUUCAUCACUUUUCUCCACUGCUGCGCUAGUUUUCUACGACUCUGAUCCUGCUUAUGCAGCGGAUCUCCUCAGCAGGGCGCGUGAGCUGCUUGAUUUUGCAACAACCAAUCUUGGCAAAUACUCCGAAAACAUUGUCGGCGCCUCUCCAUUUUACGAUUCCUGGUCUGGAUACAACGAUGAAAUCGUUUUUGCUGGAGCUUCCAUUGCCCGAGCGAGCUACGUUGUCGAUAGUGCAUCAUUUAACUCCGACGUUGCGCAGGCAAAAUCUCUCUUUUCUUCCUUCAAUCCAGGUUCGGCAAGUGAAUUUUCAUGGGACAACAAGGGAGAGGGCGCAAAUGUCAUGAUGUACGAUGUCCUGACUCUUGCUGGCGAUUCUGAUGCAAGCACUUAUUCAGCCAAGAUCCAACAAUUCUACAAUGCCCUACAAAACAGACCCUCAACUCCAGGAGGUCUUGUGCAUAUUCAAGAAUGGGGAUCUGCGAGACAUGCGUGCAAUGCAGGCUUCAUUCUCAAGGUGGCUUCCGAUCUUGGUCUUUCUGCUCAAUACGGAACCUUCGCAAAGAGCCAGCUUGAUUACGUUCUUGGAAACGGACCAAACGGACAUCCGGUGAUCGACGGAAUCCAAGCCUCUCUCGUCGUCGGUCAUGGUCCGAAAUCGCCCCACUCACCCCACCAUACCGCUUCAAGCUGUCCUCCUUACCCCAAUGCUUGUGGCUGGAAUAACUUCCACUCUUCCGGUCCAAAUCACUGGACUCUCUAUGGAGCUCUCUGUGGAGGCCCAAGAACACUGACUGAUGUUUUCGUCAAUGAUCGAUCGGAUUAUGUCGCGAAUGAGGUGGCAAUCGACUAUAAUGCUGGAUUCCAGGGGCUCUUAGCUGCUUUUUCUCUUUGA